AUGGCUGACGUUGUCUCCAGUUCUGAACCCUCCAAACCUGGAGAACGCACGAAGAAACACCUCUCGCCGAAAAGUUAUGCCGCAGCGGCCUAUGAAGGCGCCCCAGUUGUAGAUGGCGCAAAUUGGUGGGGUGAGAAGACUGGUAGAAGCGCGACUGAUACAAACGGCGAUGGGUCCUUUCAUCCAAAGCCGUCGCGGCAUAAGAUUCUGAAGAUUGUGCCACCGGAUUCACAGGAUAAGAGAGAAACCCAUCCGCAGAUUGAUAGAGAAGAACCAGCGCAUGCGUACUCAGGAACAGACCUCGACAGCAUGCCGAAAAGCCCCUCUCAGCAUAAAGAUCGAAGAUCUGAGUCUCAGAAAACCAAUGGAUUACAUGACGGUGCUAAAUAUGGCAAGAGGACAGAAUCAUCUAACGGGAUCAAGACUACGAAGAACGGCAAAGCGAACAUUAAGACCCAUAAACCUUCCAGGGAGGAGCGUCUGGCCAGUGGCAAGAUAGCAGGCCAACGAUGGCAGACCAGUCCGAUUCGAUGGGCGCCUCUGAAUAUUCCGCUACAGAGAAGACUACAGACUCUAGUAGUGCUGUUGCAUACACUCUCGAUAGCCAUUUGUUUGUCGCUGUUCUGGUUCCUCUGCGCUAUACCACUAUUCUGGCCUCUGAUUAUACCUUACCUGAUAUAUAUGCUGGCAUCAAACGCACACACCUCAGGGACACUAAGCCACCGCUCAGAAUUCCUAAGGCGAUUGCCAGUAUGGUCGCUCUUUGCAUCCUAUUUCCCGGCAAGGUUACACCGAACUCAGGAGCUCUCUCCCACGAGGAAAUAUAUAUUUGGAUAUCACCCUCAUGGAAUCCUUUCGCUUGGUGCGUUUGGCGCCUUUGCAACAGAAGCGCUAGGGUUUUCCCAACUCUUCCCGGGGAUUGUAAAUACAGUUUUAACACUUGAUGCCAACUUUCGAAUUCCUAUAUACCGGGACUACCUCCUAGCGUUGGGCGUAGGCUCGGUUUCCAAGGAAUCAUGUGAGAACUUGCUUUCCAAAGGAGGGCCUAAUAAGGAAGGAAUGGGCCGUGCGAUUACCAUCGUUAUAGGGGGCGCACACGAGUCUCUAGGGGCACAGCCCCACACUCUGAGACUUGUCCUCAAACGCCGCAAGGGAUUUGUCAAGAUGGCAAUUCGCACAGGGGCAGACCUAGUUCCGGUAUUGUCGUUCGGAGAAAAUGACCUCUAUUAUCAGUCCAAUUCCGAAUCACAUCCCAAAAUCCACAAAAUCCAGCUAUUAAUGAAAAAGGCGUUUGGCUUCACCAUCCCUUUAUUCCAUGCAAGGGGUGUUUUCAAUUAUGAUGUAGGGCUUAUGCCAUACCGACGGCCUUUGAACAUUGUGGUUGGAAGACCAAUCAUGGUCGUCCAGUCCUCAAAGCCUACCGUGGAGGAGGUCAAUCGCGUGCAUGAGGAGUAUAUCCGGGAACUGGAGAGGCUAUGGGAUUCGUACAAGGAUGAGUUUGCUCCUAAUAGAAAGGAGGAUAUGCAAAUCCUUGAAUGA